AUGGAUGCAGAAAUUCUCGAACAACCGUUGAAUCCAGAUUCUCUGAAGCAGGUUCUGGCCUUCCUCAAUAAAAAUGGUCUCACAACCGGAAAUUUGAUUGGAAUUCGACCGGACUUCGAUCGUUCACCAUCACCAAUAGGAAGUUCUGUUGAGAAUGCUUGGUUAUCGAUUUAUCUUUUUGUUUUUCCGUCAACGGAAAUAGCGAUUUUUGGAGACAAAUUCACAAAUUGUAAUCAAAUUGAGGAAGCCGAAGAGGCGCUGAAGAGGGAAGCAUCAGCGGUGUUGCGUCUCUCAAAGGAACCGCUGGAUGGUACGGACGUUAACAACGAUGCUGUGAUGCGUGAAUAUGGAUCAUUGCUGUCCCAUGUCGAUGCUUCGUUCGAUAACUUUCGUGCAGAAUUAUCCUCGUUACUAUUUCCGGUAUUCGCACAUCUCUAUAUACAACUCAUUUUUGAAGGGCAUUCUACAGUUGCCAGAAUGUUCGGUGAGAAAUAUGCGCGCAGUGUACCGUCAAUGUACGAAGAGCCGACUCGUUCACUGUUGAGAAUAUCAACGCAUAGUCAAGCAGUCACCCAUCCGACCGUUCACGCAUUGACCAAGAAUCAGUUCGUGGUUCGUAUGUCCAAAUCGGCAAUAAAACAACUCGAACCGCUGUUGGCACGCAAUCCAACGAUCAAAGAGAUUAUUCAUGACCAUAUCGUCAUUGAACCACUUGAUGCAACUCGAACAAAAGCAGCUGUUGAGGCAAGUCUCGGUGGGAUUCUUGGCCAAAUCAGUAAGCAAGAUCGUAAACACAAAAUGUAUUAUGGAACGGUAAAAGAGGAUUUUUCGAGUCAAUUGGGUGUUGACAAGAAACGUUUGAAAGGUAAGGAUCGUGCUGACAGUAAGAAAAAGGAUGCGAAUGGACCUGCACCGGAUCGUAUUCCUCUGCCGACAAUAUGUGAACGUCGUUCUUAUCUAAACAAAGAAUCGUCGAAAAAGGUUGGCAUCUCAGCUGAAUCUCCGCCAUCGGUGUGUUUGUAUACGGCUUUGAAUGCGAGCGGUGGUCUGACAGCGGCCGAUUUCGCCGAUGAUGGUUCAUGUUUAGCGUUGGGAUAUGGCAAUUCGGUUGUUCAGGUGCCGUUCGUUCUGUUGUUAUCACUGAAUGAGGAAAAGCUGUGUCCGCUGAAAAAAAUAGAGCAGUUGGAAGCACUCGAGGUGGAUUCUGAUGAUAUCUUCGAUCAUAUCUAUGAUGAAUCGCAAGGCUCAACACAGCUCAGCUUCCAGGGUCAUACAGGGCCAGUGUAUUCGGUGAGUUUAGCACCGGAUAAACGCUUGCUUCUUUCGUCGUCAUCAGAUGCAACAGUGCGUCUUUGGAAUAUUGCAACACGAAGUAAUGUGGUUGUCUACCGACAGACUGUUCCGAUAUGGCAAGCGCAGUUUUGCUCUCGAUCGUAUUACUUUGCAACAGCGAGCAGUGACGGUACAGCAGCCGUGUGGACAACUGACCGUCUGCAGCCAGUUCGUAUCUUCGCAGAUGCCUUCUCGGAUGUGUCCUGUAUCGACUUCCAUCCGAACUGCAACUAUGUGGUCGGUGGCAGUGAUGAUCGUUAUGUACGUGUUUGGGAUAUGUUAUCGGGCAGUUGUGUGCGCACCUUCUCGUCGCAUAAAGCACCCAUCAGAGCUGUGAAGGUAUCUCCGUGUGGUCGUUAUUUGGCCUCAGUGAGUGCAGAAGGGUCGUUGGUGAUUUGGGAUAUGGGAAUGCAGAAGGCGUUAUGCUCACAAGAAGUACCGCCUUGUCCGUUCAUGAGCACAUUGGCAUUCUCUCGUGAUGGUUCAGCACUGGCAUUCGCUCAAUCCGACUGUGCGUUGUCGUUCUAUUCAGUGGAUUCGCUCACAAGCCAUGCGAACCCUCAAGAGCAUUCCUCAAACGAUCCCAAGAUCAACCCGAAUGGCUUCCAUAUGUUCACGUAUGCAACCAAACAAACUCCAAUUGUUGGAUUGCAUUUCUUACGACGUGAUUUUUUUGUGAAUUGUUGCAAAAUCAACACCCAUCGGGGUUCUAACGAGUUGUUUUCGCUGUGGAGUCGAACCACGAGGAAGAUGUCGAGUUUCGCCGAGGGACUGACCAGUCCCGAGGUAGAAAUUGCGGAGGGGGGCGCGAUCGGAGUGGAUAACAAAGCGCGAUUUGCUGAUCUGAAAACGAUGUUGGACAGCUCCAAGGAUAGCCUUAAAGUGGAUGCAAUGAAACGCAUUAUCAACUUGGUAGCGAAAGGACGUGACGUUUCUGAACUGUUCCCAGCGGUUGUUAAGAAUGUUGCAGCUAAGAAUCUUGAGCUGAAAAAAUUGGUGUACGUUUACUUGGUACGAUACGCUGAAGAACAGCAAGAUUUGGCAUUACUUUCGAUAAGCACCUUUCAACGAGCGCUGAAAGAUCCGAAUCAGUUGAUACGAGCGAGUGCACUACGAGUACUGUCAAGUAUACGUGUACCGAUGAUCGCACCCAUAAUGUUACUGGCGAUACGUGAAUCAGUUCGUGAUAUGUCUGCGUAUGUCAGAAAGGUGGCAGCUCAUGCUAUCCCGAAACUGUACGCGUUGGAUGAAGGAUUACAAAGUGAAUUGGUGGAAUGCAUCGACUAUUUAUUAGGUGAUAAAAGAACGUUGGUACUGGGUAGUGCAGUGUAUGCAUUCGAAGAGACUUGUCCGGAUCGAUUCGAUAUUUUACAUGCACACUUUCGAUCGUUAUGCAAAGUGUGUCCAUCAGUUUUAUUGGUUUCAUUCAUUGUUGAUAACUAA